GCCGUUGCCAGCUUAGAGAGAAACGCGUUUAUACGAGAUAAUUGUUGAUAAAAGUUUGGCUGAAGGUAGCAAGUUCCUGAAAUUUGCAAGUGAAAAAGUGCGAGUAGUGCCGGAGCUACUCGUCGACUUAGUGCUAAAAGUGUUUCUACUCUACUUGCUUUCAAAUUCUACAGCUGGCUUGAUUUAAAAGUAAAGACACAAGACUUACAGUGAAAAAUGUGUUUAAGUGCAUAUCACAGCUGAUUAAAAAAAUGCCAGCCAAUUACUUUUGGCUUAUUGAUUUAGGAUAGUUUUGAGAAAAUGACUAAUUCUGAUCUCAAUAGUAAUAUAAACUAUUGAAAAUUGGGUGACUAAUUAUCAAGUUAGUUUUAAUUUUAAGUUGAAUUUAGUGUUGAUAAACCAAGUGUAUAAAUGGGUGUUAAUUGUGAACAAAUGUACUCAAACGAUACAAGAAAAUUUGAGCAUCAUUCCACAGUAUAUCUUUUUCUAAAUGGAUAAUGUGUUUUAUAAGAGAGAAUGUUCAACUGCCUAGUAUGUCAUAUAAUUGUGGUUUCUAAAGAAAAAAAUUGCAAUUUUCUCCAAGAAUAUUGAUGGUUUUUGACUUACUGAGGGGAUGCUUGCAAGACAAUCUUCAGUUGACGAUACCACAGAAACUACAUGCAUGUCAGGAAUAGGCAAUCUUGGACGUAAACGCGUUGAGUGGCGUCGCAAUGCAAAUCCAAGACUUGAAUAUUAAAAAGUGUUGAUGUAACAGUUGCCCAGAAUUUGGAACAUUGAAAAAUACUAUACAGGAACUAUAAGGUAGCUGAACGCUGCCCAGAGUUUCGAGGUGCUGCGUGGGCAUGCAGCAGCCUCAGUCACGCCCUCUUCUUGGGGACUCUGUAUCCUCUACAACAUCCCCAACCACUCGUCGUAACAAUAAUCCAGUAGCAGUGUUAACACCCCAACAAUUACAACAAUUGCAACAGCUCCAGUCUCAAAAUUCUGGACCUCAAUCUGUAACAUUUACCCUUCAGCAACCAUCUGGAAAUAAUCAGGAGCAGCCUAAUGGAUCUGCUGCUGGAAAUCACAUUCUCUAUGUAAACCAAUUAAAUCAGUUAAAUCAAGGCCCUCUCAAUCCCUCUGGGACUGGUAUGGGCUUGCCCCAGGCCACCCCCACUUUUGGGGUUGGCCUUAAUAUGGGAUUACCUUUAUCACUUUUAAAUACAAGCCUGACAUCAUUGACGUCAAAUGCGAUAACUACAUCAAAUUCAUUACUCAAUUUGAGCCUUCCUAGCAUUAAUUCGGGCCUGACCGCAAUAAACCCCAGCAUAAAUCAAUUAAGUACAUUGGGCACCAAUCUUGUUUCAAAUUUAUCAUCGGACAGUAUUAACAAUGGAUUAUCAAAUCUUGGUCAAGAUUUGUCUAGCAUAAAUUCUGGUAUGGGCAGACUGGGUGCUCUCAAUUCCACCAAUAUCAACACUGGAUUAACUAAUACAAGUGCUGCUGGACUUGCAAGUGUAAAUCCAACUUUGACAAACUUGAAUGCAACCACUAUUAACCAAAAUCUUGCUUCUAUUAAUGCGAAUUUGACUGUUGCAAACUCUGCUGGUACAUCAGCUUUGAAUCCUACUCUCAAUACCAGUAUAAGCCUUUCCAAUAAUAAUAUCAAUUCAGGCUUGAAUCAGCAAGGGCUCAACAGGUCACUCAGCACCAUUACAAAUUUAAACUCCACCAGCAGUAGUGCUCAGCAGUUCCCUUUUCAGACUAUUCAGGGUGUACAAAGUAUAGCCUCUAAUUUAGUUGGAUCAAAUAUUGUUAGUUCAAGUGCAUCACAAAAUCAAAGCAGCAAUGUCAACUCAACAGUGCAGCCAGCAAGUUCUAAUUCAUCCUCAAAUGUCAGCAGUACCUGUGCCAGUUCGAGCAGUGGACCAAUUAUUGCUACUAGUGUUACUACAACAAAUGUUACUCCUAGUAACAAUCAACAGAUAAACGUAGCACAGUUUGAAAUAAUGACUUCAAACAUGUCAAACGUUUUAAAUUCUCAAGUUAAUGAUUCAAGUACAAAUCCUUCCAUCACAGCUGCAGCAUUUCGUCAGUUUACCAAUCAAAAUUUAAAUCAGACAGCCAUUAACAGUCCUAAUCAAGUCCAAAAUGCAAUAAUAUCGAAUAUGAAGACUGUGCAAGGGAUUCAGAAUCAACCAAAUACAUCACCAAGUAGUCCAUUUUCAAUACCAAUGAAGAGUCCAGCAUCAAACAUAGCUCCACCAACUCCAAGUCCAAGCCCAAACAGAUUUAUGCUUCGUAGUCCUGCGUCUAAUUCAGUCCAGUCGAGAAAUAGUCCCAGUCCUGUAUCAACUUCACAAUCGAAUACUAGUUUUAAUGUACAGUUACAAAGUCCAAUGCAGAGUCCAAUCAGUGUUGGACAAAUACAUAGUCCAGUGCCAAGUCCUUAUCCUCCAGCAAAGAGUCCUCACCUUUUGGGUGUUGGAGCUCCCAUAAAUAAUAAAAGUCCGGCUCCAGGAGGUAGCCCUGGCCCAUCUGUGGUCAGACCUAGUACGCCUAUUGUGCAACAAGGUAUGCAGGUUUUGCAAAUAAUUCAUGGUACUCAAGGAUAUCAAGCCGCACCACAACUGGUGACAACGAGAACUCACCUUUUUGGCAAUCAACAAAUACAAAUUGCAACACCUGCAAAACCAAAUAAACAACCACCACAAAUACUUCCUAAGCCUCCUUUGCAACAAACAACAAAUAUUAAUCAACAAAAACAACGUGUUACAACUACAGUAACAAAUCAGGUAACACAGCAGUCUCAACCUCAGAUUGUUUUAGCUGGUCCUCAGCCAAAUCCUCCCACAGCUACAAUGAUUCCAACAGCUCAAGGGCUUUUACUGAACCAGGUGUUACCAUCCACCGGACCGGUUAUUGUUCAACAGCAAGCAGGUGGAGUACAGUUGAUUCUUAGGGCACCAACUAAUGCCCAACAGCAAACCCAUACUGCACAGCUAACGCAACAGCAAUUGGUUCGAGUUGUCACGGCUCAGGGCAUGCAAUUGCAAGGUAUUACUCCUACGUUUUUUGCUGUACCCAAUGGAUUCUCUUCUCCUGCUCCUCCCGUAAUCAGACAUGCGCCUUCUAGUCCUGCUCCAUCAACCAAUCCUAACACCAAUAGUGGUAUAGUCGUACAAAACACUAUGGUACAAAAUUCGCAAUCGCAAAUGGCUCAAUCUACUGCACCACCUACUACUACGAUUGCUCAAACUGCACAAGCUAUUAUCGAUUCAAGUUUACUACCUCCUCCAAAGAAAAAAGCUAAAAAGAAGAAGAGAGCUAAAAAGAAAGAGGAUGAACAACCAAAAUUAGAUCUUGCCAGCAUAAUGAAAAUAUCUGGGAUUGGCGAUGAUGACGACAUUUUUGAUAAUGACCUCACAACUGAAAUGGAAACUACUCCUCAGCCACAGGGAGAAAUGAACAUUGUACAAAACUCUCUGGCAGCUAUGCCGAAUUCUUGUGUUCAACAAAAUGUGGUACAAGUGCCUACUUCUAGUACAUCAAACGUACUACAAGCUAACGCUACUCAAGAUAAUCUAGGUUCUGGUCAAUUAGUUGCUCAACUUGAAGCUCCUCCUCAACAAAACACAAUUUCUGGACAUUUACGAUUGGCUAUUGAUGAAAGUGGACGAAUAGUACUGCAUCAUACUCUGGAUCCAAAUCAACCCGAGAUGGAUCAAGCAACUGCUCAAGCUUUAAUAAAAAGUUUAACGCAAAGUGGUGGACAGAAUUCACAGAUUAUUUCUCAACUACUUCAAGCGCAAACGAUGAUACAAACAUCACAAAAUUCACAAAAUUCCAACGUAAAUAGACCAAAACCCAUAAAAUCACCCGUUCCAACUACACUAAAUACAGGACCGCCGUCUUCAAAUUCAUCAAAUAUACAAAAUUCAACUGCGGUAACAAAUUCACAAUUAGUUACCUCGAACAGCCUUCAAAAUUUCAAUAAUUACCAACCAAUAUUAACAGUUCAAAAUCCUAGCAUUCAAUCUACAACUAAUUUAGUGUCUCAAAAUGUAGGUCAAUCUGCAAAAAAUAUUACUGUGACACGUAAAAUCAUUGAUGCAAAAAAACCACCUACUGCUGUUGAUGUUAAAUCUAGUGUUGUUCAAAAAGCCAAUGUACAAAGUAUACAAAGUGGUUCAAAUCGAAUGUGUUCUGCCAAUCAGCAACAAAGUUCCAAUGUUCAAGUUGUUAAGUGUAAUCAGACGAAAAUUCAGAACACUUGUAUUAAUAUAAAUCAACAGCAAAGUCAUGGUAAACAAGUAGAAAUCCAAAUACAAAAGUCUGAACAAAAUUGUGCAAAUAUUCAGCGUACUCUUACUACAGUCAAAGGUAGUCCACAGGGUCAAGCACAACAGGCAUCAUGUAUUCAAGAAAGUGGAUUAUUUUUGCCUCAAAAUUCUAUUAUUUAUCAUCAGAAUGCUAGUCAUCAACAGAUACCGAUUUCUCAACCUCAAAAUAUUCAGAAUAUGUUUGAACAAAAUUUGCAACAAAGUCUUGGUUCUACUUUACAGCGAACAUCAACAGACGGAAUUAAGAUUGAAACGGUAAAUAUUGGCCAGCAGAUUAGCAGUAAUCCUCAACAGCAAACUUUAAAUCUUUUCCAACAAAAUACAGACGCAAAUAUGUCAUCGGAAAAUAAUCUGCAGUUUAUUAACGAUGUACAGAUUUCGCAACAGCAAAAUGCACAGUUGAAUGCAAAUAAUGCCAAGCAACAAAUUAUAAAGCCACUCAACACAAAUAGUAAUCAGUCAAUUGAUAUGCAAAAUCUUUCAACAAAUGUUUUCAUCUCAAAUUCUUCAGCUCCCACUCUGCAACCACAAGAACAGCCAAAGGCAGAAACACAUAAUUUAUGCAAUUUGAGUACUCCAGCAACUGCAGUGAUAAACAAUGGGCCAAAAAUAACUCCUGAUAUUUUAAAUGCCUUGAGUAAUUUGAAUCCCAAUGAUCAACUCUUGAUAGCUUAUGCCAAUGGACAAAUGCAAGUGAUGAGCCAACAGGUCUUACAACAGUUUAUAACAAGCCAAAUAAAUACUCAAAUGCAAGCUAAAGCUCAAACACAAGCACAAGGUCAAACUCAAACGCAGGCGCAAUCGCAGGCUCAGCCUCAAAUCCAAACGCAAACUCAGAGUCAAACCCAAAAAAUAGUUAUUGGUGAUCCAGAUUCAAACAAUUCAAAUUUGCAAGAAGUACAGAUCAACACACCCACUAGUCAGAUAAUCGUUAAUAGUUCUGGUGGAGCUCCUACAAUACAAAAUAACAUUCAAAAUAUAGUGGUACAAGCAGCACCCACACAAGUUCCACAACAAAUACAAAUACAGAAUUCAGGCUUCCCAAGUCAGUUUAUUGACAAUCUGAAUCAACAACAGAUUAGAAACCUUGGAAACUGUACUGCUCAAAGUCAAAGUAAUAAUCAGAACAUAAAUCAAAGUAGUGCUCCAAAAAAACCGAAAAUAGUGAAGAAGGCUAAAGUGUUGACUACGACGACAACAACAACAGCUCUACAGUCGUCGGGAAAGAUUUUGAAUGUUUCAAAACCACUAAUUGUAACGAGUACGGUGGUUACGACGACGACGACUACUACAACAAGUGCUUCUUCGCAGGUCAAAUCAGAACCACCGAAUAAAAUGAUAAAUUUUCUUGCGCAAGUGGUGGACAGCAAUAAAAACGAGUCUCCUCAACUAGUCACUGUGAACGGGCCACUGACUGCCUUAUCUCCCGGUCAAAUGCCCACAUUAGCUCCAGGACAAGUCGUUCAUAGAGUGCAGACUAUUCAACUGAGUGCGCAAAAGCAGCAAUUACUUUCAAGCAAUCAAGCCCAAAUUCGAACAUUACAAGCUCGAAAAAAUCUUUCUCAAGCAGAUCAACUAAUGAUUGCAAAAUUGUUUCAAGAACAAGCGCGAAUUUUGGCCAGCGGAAAAAUUAUUGGAAAUAGCCAGCAUCCCAUCAGUAGUGAUUCAGAAUCUGCGAGCUUAACUAUUAAUGCACCACCGACAGUUUUGUGUUCCAAUACGAUUUCACAAAAUGUAGCUAAAAAUCCGAGCUUAACGGGUCAACCGCAAACGCCGACUUCUGCUUGCCCUUCUAAUAUAACAACUUCACAACAUAUCCACAUAGCUACAUCGUUACCCGUGUCAUCUAGCAAUAUUUACUUGCCUAGCAUUACGAAUCAACGGGUCUCAAGUCCACGGCCAUCAACUCCACUAAAAUCGCAACUUUUACAGCAACCGCAACAAAAUCAAAAUCAAGUGGAAAAUGGUCAAAUGCUCGUUCCGUCCAAUGCCAACAUGAUGAAUGUAGAUAGUUUAAAUAGUCACGGAUUGAUGCUGGAAUCUCAGCAGUUGAUGCAGUGCCAUGACGACGCUAUUGAUGUUAAGUCAAACGUCGAACUAACGGGACCUAUCAUCAAGCAAGAAACUACUUCUAUACAGCAGCAGCAGAUUCAGAAUGCUUCCCCUGCAGGCCAGGUGAUAUCUCCUCGAGUAACUGGCAAAGUAAUGCAGAUUUCCCAAAGCAAGAUGCCAAGUCCCGACAAUCCAUCUACGAGUCCUAAACAAGGUGUCAAGCGAACUUCUGAUUCCACUCCUGUAAGCCGACAGAUCAACCGAACUGACUUAUUCGAACAGCAAUUAAAAAUUGAUCAGAAUGGAGCUUUAAAUCCCGACGUGAAUACGCCUUUCCAAAGCAAGAGCGAUGCCUGCAAACGUCUCGUCAGAUAUCAUUGCUUCAACGAUCACGUUUUGAGUACAAAAGAUCUUGAGAAAGCAGAUGAAAUAUUUGAGGAAACAGCAAAACACUUGUUGAGCAAAUUUAAUUCAAUGAUGAACAAGUACACGUAUCUGUUGAUAAUGGAGAGCAUGCGAGAAACUCGAACAUCCGAGUUAAUGAUGAUUGAUCGUAUGAUAGUGAACGAAGAGCAAGCAACGUUGAAUAAACUGAAGGAGCAAGAGGCAAAAUUAGCAGUUGAAUUGAAAAGCGAAGAAAAACUGUUAGUACCGAAGACGGAACCAAAUGACGAAGAAACGGCAUCUACGUCUUUUUCGAUGGCAGCCAUGUCAUCGUCGUCGUCAUCGUCAAUGACGACACCGUCGGCCCCCGUGAAACUCGAGCUGGAGAUGGAGGUAGGCCUUGGCAAAUCAGCCGACUAUGACGAGUGGUUUGAAAUUCAAAAGGAGCUGGGUGCGUACACGUCGACAGAGUUUAAGUGUAGAACUAAAACAAACAGAGUGGAACGCGCGCGAGCAAAUGGUGAAGUUAGAGGAAUGGUGAUGGGUAACGAGGCAAGUGCGUCUGACUUGGAGCGCGAUCUGCUAGAAGAUACUGAGGGCCUCGAAAGUUUGGCACUUUACACGCAGUCUCAGUGCCCCGUACAGUCGAUGGAGCGAGGCGCGAAUCCCGAUGACCACGACGACAUCACAGCCCAGGUGCAGUCAGCCAUCGACAGCAUUCUUAGCCUGAAGAAACGACCGUCAGUUGGAGCGUCUCAGCAGCAAAGUGGCGGUUCAUCGAGCUCGAGUAGUGAUAGUAAUGACAAACUUUUAGAUCAAGCAGUGAGAAGCAUCCUUGGCUCGUGACCCUCCUCGAACAAGGUUUACUAAUGACUGCCUGGAACAGUGUGGGCCGAUGUUCUUGUACCAGUACUCCUUGAUGUAAAUAUCGAUCUCGCGGUUGUCUGCGGCUGUGUGUAUUUUUAUGCUUUUCGACUGUUCGACUGCCUCUUAUUCUCUCUCUUUCUCUUUCUCUCUUUCUCUCUUUCUCUCUCUUUCUCUCUCUCUUUCUCUCUCUUUCUCUUUCUCUUUCUCUCCCUCUCUCUCUCUCUUUUUCUCUAUUUCUAUCUUAUUGGAUCCUACUUUAGCUCGUUUCCCUGUUCCUGUGUGUGAAUGCACAGUGCAAACAGUUUCCAAGAGCAAAUGCUGCUCCUCGCUGAAGAGUCCUCCUCUAAUGGCCUUUCUCAGGAGCUGUACAUGUGAUUAGAUAAUUAAGUGAUAAACUCGAACAUUUUCGUCGACCAGUUUUUAAAGUGAUUUUGUAAAAAAUUAAUUAUUUACAAAAUUUGUUCCAAUUUAAGUCACAUCACACUAUUAUGUAAAUUGACAAGAUAAAAUUGCGUUUUAAAAGUCAAAUGGAAAUACUUGAUAAAAUUAGGUACGAAUCGCUAAACUGUACAUAUGUUUUAAUGUGUAUUAUUACUAUACACACACACACUUAUAUAUAAAUAUAAAUAUAUAUAUAUAUAUAGAUUAAUAGAUUAUUGAUAAUAUUAUUAUAAUACUUUACCAUUACUUGUUAUCGAGAUUUAUUCUCAAAAUAACUGUAAACUGCUGUAUUGUAUAUUUUGGCAUCGCAUUUUGCGACUUCUGGCAUAAUAGAAAAUUGUAGUCGGCAAUCGAUGCUGUAGAAUGAAAAUAAGGAAUAAGUAGGAAUAUUUUGAGACUUCAUCGAAUGAAGGAAUUAUGGCACGUUAGAGCUAGUCGAAAGACGUUAUUUUAGUCCUCAGAAAAUUUUCACUCAUAAUAGUACUUGUGUAAUACAAAGGUAACACGUUGUUUGACAUACAUCUAUUUUAAUCAUGAUGAGUCAAUCACUUUUUAACACAUUUUUCGAGGAAAUUCAUAAGCAAUCAAGCAAUCAUCAAAUUGUAUGAGCAGAUAGUUUUUUUUAUUUUUAUAUUCUUUUCUAAAAAUAUUCCAACUAUAAAGGUCUAUACAAAUUGUUGUGUCAAAUGAAUUAAUAUUGAAGUAUGUAGAUCUAAACAGAAUGAUCCAAUCGGAGCGUCUUUGAGAUGAAGUUUAACGUACGUCAAUGCGCGGAUAUAGGAUACUCAAUACGUAAUUUUUUAACUUAAAAUUUUAUUGAACGACUUUUAUAGAGGUUCAAUAAAACUUAAUUAUUUUAAUUAAUAGAGCAUUGUGAAUUUAAUCCUAUUUAAUUUAGAUAAACCAAUUGUUUUUUAAUGUAUUUGAUUGAUUGAAAAUUCUUAAGAUGUAAUUUUUGUUGGUGCUUUUUUUUAUAAUAAAUUGAACAUUCUUUUUCCAAAAGAGUAAUACGUAUAGGAAAUAACGAUGGGUGAAACGAGCAAGUUGUGUGUACAAGCAUGCUCGGUGUACACAUUGUACAAAGAAUAAUCUGCUAAAUAAAAAUAAAACUUAUUCAAGACUGAAGUAUAUAUACAUCAUAUAUUUAUAUAUACUGAUGAUAAUGAGAUGCAAAAUACUUGAUGUAAUAAAGAAACGAAUAUCGUUCAAUUGUAAAUAAUAUUUAAUUACGCUAUCGACGGCGGUGUGACUUAUUAUUUUUAAAGCAAUGUGCUUCAACUAUAAGAGAUGUUUGUUAAUUCAAUCGUUUUUAUUUGAAUUGCUCACAUCACUUUUGCGUAAUUAACGUUUAUUUCUUUAUAGUCAGAUCUUUUUCAAGCGAGCGUAAUUUAUCUUUCAAUCAUAAUUAUUGUCUGUGUAUGUGUGUAUGUCUUUCUAUAAAUUAUGAAAAGAAUUACGUUAUUAAAUUCAAAAUUGUCAUUCACUUUUCCCAGAAGAGCAGAAGCUGCUUAAUUGUAAAAUAAUUCAUUUUUACAACUGUUUUCCAUCCAUGAUUGGUAAAUUUAUAUUAGUUCCAACAAGCAUUUUUUAAAACGUUUUAGCACUUCCUUCUGUUCGAAAAAAUGUUUAUACAGAAAAUCGUACACAUCGAAUAAAUAAAUGGAUAAUUUUUGCAUUAUCACAUUGAUGUUUUUAGCAUUUCAUUCACAUAAACUUCUUGUAACAUAUCUAAAUUAAAAUAAAAACAGAACCUUACAAUAGCUUAUAUUCUAGUACCUGAAUUAUUCUAAAGUUUAAAGUGGUACUUGCAAUCUAACUAUUUAUUAAUGAUUCAGUAAAUAUCUGUAAUUUUGUAAGCAGAUAUAUUGUACAAUACAUUUUUUGAAUAAAUGUCACUUUGAUUUUCUAAACUUGUAAUAAAUUAAAAGUGACGAGAUAUUACGUUUUUAACAGCAUACAGUACAAACUUUUUCGUAAAAAAAUACUGACAUAUCGAAGUUUAUUUAUAUUGAAUUGAAUUAACGGUAGUUAGUAAUAUUCCAUAAUUUUUUUAGUUUGAAAAAUAGACCAGAAAACAAUGUUAAAUGAACAUCUAUAUUAUUUUUGUAUGAGAUAACAGUAAAGAAAUAUAUAGUGACACUAUUGCAAAACUGAAAUAAAAACUAAUGCAGAUAAACCAGAAAAAUCUUGAGUGAAUUGAUACAUAUAAGUUGACAUGUCAGUGUUUUAUAUUCAUAAUAUAAAGAAGUGUAUAUUGGUGAAUUUGUUCAUUUUGAAGAACUUGUGUUCGGUAAUGUAAUCGUUAUUUUCAUAUUUGAUAGGGUAUGUAAUUUUCACAUUAUUUUAGUUAUGAAUAAAGAUAAACAAAAUUACUUUAUUCAUCAAUCGUUAUAUAUUAUUUGAAAUACUUCAAGUAGUUGUCAAAUUACUGACAUCGCCUUUUUUACAGGUGCUCGAAUCGUGCAUUUCUUACUGAUGAUACACAAGUACAUAUAGUGUAAAAAAUAUUGGUGUGAUAUAUAAUUAUCAUUACUUAUGUAAUUUGGAUCCAGAAUUGAUUACACUCGUGAAUAA